AUGGCCCCAAUCAUGAAGCCCUCUGUGGAAGAGCCGCAGUUCCUAUUGACAACUCGGUCUGCGCGUCUUCGCUUUCCCAAUCCGUUUUCGCCGAUUCCUGGGGAACCGGAAAGAGUGGAAUUGGAAGAUCUGAGCCCAGUGGAAGCCCUGACUGUCUCCCCAGGGUGUAUGCAGGAGGUGGAUAUCACGUCCUUGGAACCUCAUCGCCCUUUGUCCCCUAGCCCCAACAGCCCGUUAUCGAAGAAGGUCCCAAAGGAGAAACGACAGCUAACACUCACCAUAGUGAACCGGAAGCGCCCACGUGCCGAAUCCCCCGGUCGUGUCAGUGAAACCCCGUCGGUUAAGCGGUCCCGGACAGUACGCCCGCCAGGCAGCACGUCGUUGGCUCGUCGCCUAGCCCCGCUGUCGCGUCGUUUGUCUACGAACGGUAUGCCAUAUGCUGAGAGACUUCGUCGGCGGCAAGCAGAGCGCCAGGGUCGUAUCCAUACGACUGUUUUCCGACUUCCUGAGCUCGUUGCUCAGACCGAGGCAGACCGCCGGGCAUCAGAGUCAGCAUCCCCGAGCCCUGCCCCUCCAGCCCCUCACAAUUCAUUUGACUUUCCCGAAUCCUCUGAGCCCUCUCGGAGCAUAGAAGAGUCUAUGCCUCAGGAGCCUCGCACCCCAGAGACUCCUAGAGGGUGGAACAUCCGUGGAUUGCUCAACUCUGUGCCCCGCUUUUCUGUUUCUCGCUUCCUGCCACGUCUCGGUCGAUCUUUUGGCCGUACUGAAGAAGGGGAAGAAAUUGACUCGGAGACCGCAUCACGUCAAUCUACUCCGUCGGCACCUUCUACUCCUACGAAGACUACUGCGCCUCCGGCGCCUCCUGCCACGGAACGUGUCGUGACAACUGAACAAUGGAAAGCUCCUGGUGGAAGAACCCCCAAGUCUGCACCCGCCAAGAAGCCUUUGCCCAAUCUGUCUUAUGAUCUCUUCCCGCGCCCGAUCAAUCGGGACCUCUAUCUUCCUCGCUCUCCGGAGCCUGCUGCUGAAGCAAAGGAUGCGGUUGAGGAGGAUGCAAACAGCAAGGAACAGCCGCAGGAAAAAGAGAAGCAGGAUCAAGCCUCGUCUGCAACCUCAGCAGAGGAACAUGGACGCGAUAUCACCGACACCACGGACAAGAAGCGCAAACGUGCUCCGUCGCCAGACGUGAUUCCCAAUCCGCCUGGCUGUAGUUAUGGCUUGGACUUGGAUUACUUCUGUUAUUCUGACAGCGAUGAAGAAGAGGAGCCGAGCCCAUCUGUUUCCAAGCCUACUCCUCUGGCGAAGUCUGCAGUUCGCAGCGCGCUCCGGUCCGAGAGCCACCCAUCGAAGAAGGUUCGCUUCGAUUCUAGUCCUGAGGACACUCCUUCGAAAAAGCGUGGUCGCGCAACGGAUCCCUACCAAGGACAUCACUUCUUGGGAUUGGGCGAUGUGUCACCGACUCCGGCCACGGAUUCCACGAAGACUGCGCCAGCGACCCCGACCGCUACCGGAUCGCCUACCCAGCGGCCCCCUGGAUUCAAGUUCAACAGUCAGGGAUCUUUCAGUUUUGACUACGACGAUAUCUCUGAUGAUUCUUCUUCGAGUGGAGCGUCCACUCCGGCAAUUCUGUCACCUGCCAGCACUUUGCCUGAAACUCGCGCGACCCCGCGCAGUCAGGCUCAGGAAAGUUUGCAAUCGCCUCAUUCUGCUCCUCGUGUCGCUCCUUUUGCUCCGCCAAGUACGCCCAAGGUCGACGCGGAAGCUCUUGCGAAGGUCCGAUCUCAGGCCGAGAAGUACAAGCCGAAGACUCCUAGUGGACUCCGUACUGCCAGCCGGUACUCCACGAGCCCGAUGAUUCAGUCGCCCGAUGUUGAGCCUUUUGAGAAACCUGAACCCAAGGAUGUUAUUCCGGAGGAACGUGAAAAGGAGAACGUUCCGGAGAAGCCAGUUGAGAAGCUAGUUGAGAAAUUUGGAGACGACCAGUUUGCGCGCGAUGCUGAGUGGCUCUACGAGCGCUGUCCUUCCGGCGAUUUCAGUAAGUUCACAUGGCCCGAGAAACGCAGUCUUGUCGAUAGCCUGGAAAUCAACACCGAGGCUGUGAAGAUCCUGGAUAACGUUUGGGAUCCUUCUGACGUUGAAGUCGGGCAUUCGGCUUUCCGUCGUGGCAUGGAGGAAUUUGCAGCCACUCUUGUUUAG